AUGGCGCAAGCUGCGCAAGAAGCUGCCAAGGAGGCCGCAGAGAAGGCAGCCAAAGAAGCUGCAAAGCUACAGAAGGAAGCCACGGCAGCAGCCAGCGGUUGGGCUCAAGGUGCAGAAUGGCUCCUGCAAGUGCCGGGCGACGCGGGCGACGCGGGCGACGCUUCUCGGGACCUUCGAUUUGAGGAGGGGCCUCUGGGCUUUGAACUCGAAGGUGCACGAGUGGUGGCCAUCGAAGCCGAGGGCCAAGCGGACCGCUUGGGGCUGCGCAUCGGGGACCGCUUACUGGCGGUCGACGACGAUGUGAUCCCUGCACCCCCACCCGAGGAUUCUCCUGCGGAGGCAGACCUUCGGGUGAAGCGCCUGAUCCGGAAGUGGAUCAAGAACAAGCCACGCCCCGUGUCCUUGCGCUUCAGCAUUGACCAGGGCAGCGUUCCCAAUGCCAGUGGAUCCCCAGGGGACGCGCCGAGUGCAGAGCCAGAGGAGCAGAGAGGAGGCGGCCGCGGUGGGCAGAGAGAAUGGCUUCGCGAGUUCCUGGCCUUGGGCUUCUGCGUACGACCGCAGGCUGCCAAGUUGAUCUCCUCCUUCCUCGAGAGCAGCGAUCCGGAGGCGGCCGUGGAGACUCUGGUGUCACGCACCAAGGCGGCCGCACCGGCGCACCGAGCGGGUCCCGACCUUCGGGUGAAAGAGCUGCGAUGUGACGACCAAGGGAGGACUGAAGGACUCCUGCUCAAGAUUGGGAUCGGACAGGAGCGACAUUGCAUCUACAAGUCUACAAAGCAAUUCUGUUCAGCGUUUCAUGCUCACUUGAACGCCAGCUCAUGUGCGUUUCAGUCUGUCAUCGAUGAGGAUGUGAUGAAAGCUGCGGGAGACUCAGUCAUUACCGCGGCCGUGGAGGAUGAAGUGGACGUGGUGGUUGCCUCGCUGUGUACGGGACGCAUGUGUCGCGUGCACCGGAUCCAAUUCACAAGAAGUGGAUAUGGAGGUGCCCGGGAUAUGGAGGUGCCAGGUGAGCCGCCGUGGGACUCAGUUUACCUCGAACUUGCAGAGUUUCUGGGAGUGUCACUGGUGUGGCUGGGCCUUCACUCGCGCACCUUGCUGGGUUGGACUCGGGAAGAGGUCUGGAAUUCACCACACAGCUUUCGCACCUUGGAACCGUCAGAAGCACGGCGGAGAGGCCUUGCAGGCUCUAAGUUCGCCGUGGACACCGUCUCCCAGGGCGCCUUGCAAUGGCAAGUGAGGGCCACGGAGAACACCAACACCACGCCCAACGCACUCUUUGUGGCACGUGAAGAUGGCGGAAACGUGGUGUAUGGCUUGAACUACGACUCCAAGAAGAGCGAACUAAAGCCCUUGGGGGAUCACCGAAUCCAAUUCUCAGCCACAGGUGACGAAGAGUUCAACGAUCUGGAUUGGACUUUGCGAGUGGAAGGCCAAGACAACGACCAGCCUCGUCACUUGCAAGCCACUGGCAACAGCGAUGAUGUUGUCUACGAUGGAUCUUUCGGCUGGGAAAAGACUCUGAAGAAUGGACUAGGCUUGCUUUACGCGGUGGAUGCCAAGCGACGCUCGGGUGGUGAAGGCGUGUUGCCCAACUGGAUGCAGCAAAGUGCCGGACUGAAGUACCGAACCAACUUCGGCGAUGCCAAGGUGCUCCUCUUUCAACCCGAUCCGGAAUCUGACAAGAAGACAUUGGAGUAUGAAGCAUCUUGGAAGGGUAAGCUGCAAGGACUGGGGUCCGGUGGGGUCGGGAAGAAGAUCCUCACGACGGAUCCGCAGUACAAACUGAAGCUCACCAACGAAGGCCUUGCAGGCAAGGUGCGCGCCCCCGCGAAGUUGGGCACAGCCUUCGGAGCAGAUGCAUCUUUGAACAUGGAUGGAGAGAAGGAAUUCUCAGGCUUCGCUGAGUGGAAGGGCAAGAAGGAGCUCUCCAAGGGCCUGGAGCUCUCGGUCGAUACGAAAGCCACCGCCGAGGAAGGGAAUGUGUCCUUGGCGCCCAUCGGUUUAACUCUGGCAGCCAAUCUCGGAAAGCUGGCGCCCAAGAUGGCCACAGACGACUCGUCGCUGAACUUGCGCAGCCGCUACAAGUUGGGCUCCGAUCGGCCCAGCUUGCAGGCCAGGGCCUCCGUGAGCCCCAAGAAGUUGCCCCAGGUGAAGGCUGCAGGGGAGGCCACUUGGGAUGAUAGUGGCAGCCUGAGUAGCACCUUGAAGCUCACAGCGGAGCAUUUGCAUGGUGUUGAUGCGCGAUAUGAGAUGUCCAGCGGCAAGAAGGGUCUUCUGCAAGGGGCUGAAGUGAGACUUCCACGGGUGGAGUUCCAAGAUGGCAGCUACCUGCGUGGCACUGGAAAGGUAUACAAAGGCGCAGAUUGGGGUGAGAAGCCCCGAGUGCAGCUGGGGGUCCAAUAUGAGGGUAAUUUGCGUAUCCUGGACAAGGACUUGAAGCUCGGUGGCGAGAGCAGUGGCUUCGACUCUGGCAGGAAUCUCUUGGAUGAGAUGGGCAAACCCUGGAAGAGCCCCGAGAUCAACAAGGCUCGUAACAGUGCCUGGGCAAGCACUGCAGAGCAGCGUCUCCCAGGUUUACUGCCUAAGACCGCAGGUUUACAGCGUUGUUGCCGUGGCAAACCGUUGCUAGCAGCUAGCUAG